CGCAGUUCCCAAUUAUCACAACAAGCCUGAAAAAUGCAAUAAGCCCGCGACUCUGGAUUAAUCGAACAAUGGCGCGUCCAAAAUCCAUCCGCGCUCCCACCACAGCCAGCCUCCCCAGCACCCUCCGCAUCCCCUCAACCAGCCCAUCAGUAUCCAAAUCAUUCAACAAACUCUCCCGCCAAGCUCUCCUCGAUCUCGUCUUCCAAUGGCUGGACGAUAACAACGUGGACUCCUUCCCGCCGUAUCUCGAGCGCGACCAGAUUGAAAACACGGACCCGGACGAUGAAGAGACCAGCCCGUACCCGGCCGAGCAGACGAUCGACGACGUCCGCAAUGCAUACCAAGACCUGCAGGACCGGAAGGGUGGGAAACGCGAGGUGAUUGAUCGUAUGCUUGAGGGCGAUUGGAGACAUGGGAUUACGUUACGGCAAUUGGCGAUGGUGGAUAUUUGUUAUAUGGAGGAUCAUCCGGCUAGUUUGCGAUGGACGGCGUUGGAACUUGCUCGUCUUGACGGGGUAGAGGAUGACCAAACGAGUGAUCUAUCAGCGUGUUUACCGCGUGUGCAUGCGUCGACUUUUCUGAAGAACCUGCAGCAAUUAAUCGCGCCGCUCGUGAAAGCGCAUUACCACCUCGCGCGAUCAGCUUCGCUACCUCUUACGUUUUUGCGCAUUCUAGUCACCAAUUCGCCCUACCAGUAUCCACGCCAACAACCUGAAUCACUCAUGGAUUCAUCGAGGGUAAUAUACAUCGCCUUCCCAGACAGCUGUCCGUAUAUAUACACAUCCAUUUCAUCAACCAGUUCCAAAACCAGCACCUCCGCGACCACCGCCGUCGGAACAGAUACCAGAAGUCUACAGCGCAUUGUCCGAGACGCUAUUCCCAAAGCCCUCUCUCGUCCUCAGGAGCGGUAUACCCUGAAAGCAACAUCCCUCUCAGCAAAGAGUCUCCAAACCCUACUCUCCCUCCGAGGCCCGAGUAGAUCAAACGCAGCAAACGGCGCAUUCAGCAUUUUUGCCGAUGCAGUCGUCGAAGGAAGCCCCUUGGACCCUCGACCAGCCAACACAGUCACACCGGAGGAAUAUAUGAACCGCAGCGACGAAAAAGAAAACAGACGAACCGAAGACGAAGAUACCAAGAAUACAGAUACCCAUGCGCCCAAAAAGCGCAAACUCGCCGUCCAUUCCCGCUUCGGUACCACUGGCUCCCUCUCAUCAGCACCCCUGGAUCGUUUCGAUGUUCGAUUACUCGAUUCCCCAAGUGGCCGCGAUAACCAAGAACCCUCUGAAGAUUCCCAGCCAACUCUAUCACUCACUUUCGCCGGCAACGAUGUCAUAUCUGGGAUUCGCAAACUCGCGGAACUAGGUAUCGUCGAUGCAGAACGUAUGCCGUCUUGGAUGACCGGUGAAGAGGGUGUUAGUGUCGCCGUUGUCCAUCAAGGGAAACGGGUAGCGAAGGAUAGUGGAUGAUUGAGUUAGGCUGGGGUAUCAUAUUUCUCAUUGUUUUAUCUUUGCGUCCCGAGAGGGUUCAUGAAUAGAGAGCAGAAGCAACAUCAAGGCCGUUACGCUUUGCUGGACGCGAUCGCGUCCCAUCCCGCGUCGUCUCGGGGUGAUGGACAGGCCAGGGCUCAACGCAGGACUGUCAAUCUACGGUUUAACUACGUUGGCCUGCGAUGCUGUGAAGCCGCACCAUCACUUCCUUUGGAAUGCACACCGGAGCUCAAUCGGGCCCUUUUACUCUACUUGAUCGAAUGGUUCGUCUUGUUGAAACUCAAUAGAAUAAGCAUUAAAGUGAAACUAGCGAAAUGGGUAUAUAGCAAUUCACAAUCUAGAAUAAUCCACC